AUGGCUCCGCUCCAGCUGAACGAUCUAAAAACUGCUGUUUCUGUGAUAGCACAGCGACUUGAUUCAAUGAAUAUCGACUAUGCCAUCAUGGGCGGUGCUGCCGCUUGUUUAUUGUCAGGCGACUCAACUAGAAGGACUGACGAUGUGGACUUUGUGAUUCAGGUUGACGACCGUGGAAUCACUGCAGAUCGGCUCACUGCUCAACUUCUCAAGUCUUUUCCAUCUGAUUUUGAGGGAGUUAGCCAGUUCGGGCACAUAAUCCCAGCGUACAAACUCCGCCUCCCAGACGGUGCGGUUCAUCUGGUGGAGCUGGAGGUAUUUGACUAUCAGAGCUGGCCGCAGCGUCCUCAAUACAACCUUAAAACAGCCACACGUAAAGAAUUGAAUAUCAAUGGGCAAAUGAUUAAAGUAUUUAGCCCGGAGUGGCUUUUACGAGAGAAGAUCCUGUCUCAAUAUCAACGCCAGGGUAGCCCAAAAGAACGAUCUGAUAUUCAAGAUAUCGCAAAUAUGCUACCAAUUCACCAAGGAUAUGACAUCGCAAACCCAGUUAUAAGUAUGCGACACGUCUCUUGGAAUUGGGAUGCCCUUGAUCCAUUUGUUCAGGGACUUGAAGAAGAGGUCGCGUUUAAAACGGCGGGAGUGAGCCUAGCUUCUCUAUGGAUUCGCGACCUUGCGACAACAGGAGCGCACAAGUAA